AUGAUUUCAGAAAACAAGUUGUUCACAAACAUAGGUAAUGUUUCGGUACCGAUCGAGGACCCAGAAGAAGAGCCACAAAUAGAAAACCCUGAGAAGGCUGUGUAUUAUAAUGAUCUGUCUGUAUACAAGGAUGUCGCUGUGUCUGAUUUACUGACUUUAAUCACACGUAAGGAAGCCAAUGAAAUGGAAGGAUUUCAGAAGGAGUUUAAGUCUCUUCCUUAUGGAGAAAGAUUUUCCUGUGAAACAGCUAAAACAGCAGAAAACAUGCUCAGGAACAGAUUCAAAACCACUUUUCCAUAUGAUCAUUCCCGCGUUAUUUUAGAAGUUGGUAAUGGCUUCACCUAUGAUUACAUCAAUGCAAAUUAUAUCGAGAAUAUGGAGGGGAAAAAGGAGUUUAUUGCUUGCCAAGGCCCACGUGAAAACACUGUGAUUGACCACUGGAGAAUGAUUUGGCAGGAGAAUGUAGAUUACAUCGUCAUGUUGACCAACCUUAUUGAGGGACCAAAGGUGAAAUGUCUCCAAUAUUGGCCAGAUGUAGGAAAGUAUCUGGAAAUCAAUCCAUUUUCCGUAACUUUGGUUGAAGAAAAAGUAUAUGCAUAUUUCGUCGAGAGAAAAAUGACUGUUCGGAAAAAGAGGGUCACUGGGUCAAGGACGGUGGUACAGUUUCAUUACACACGAUGGCCAGAUCACGGGACUCCCAAUCCUCUGAAUUUGGUUGUCUUCCAUCGUCACUUUAGACACAAAGUCCAACCUUCUCAGCAUCCAAUUAUUGUCCAUUGCAGUGCGGGAAUUGGGCGAACAGGGACAUUUAUCGCCCUUGACGUUUUGUCCAGAUAUGGCGAGGACGAGGGCAAGGUCAAUAUCAUAGAGUAUGUCAAGGUCAUGCGUAAAGACAGGAUGACAAUGAUACAGAAUGUGGACCAGUACGUAUUUCUUUACCAUGCUUUGUAUGAGUUCUUCAGAAGAAAAGCCCAAUAUAAGAAAAAAGACGAAUUUCUCCACCAUUAUGGAGAUGUCGACAGAAUAAAUACACAGAAACAUCUAACCAAUGAAUUCAAUGAACUGAUUAGCUUAAAACCACGAUAUAAUGCCCAUGAUUUCAAGAGUGGAAAGAAAUUUUCAAAACUGAACUUUACAAAAUCAGUGUUACCAGUUGAGCGAUAUCUGGUCUAUUUGACUUCCCAUGUACCUGGUCGAGAGUCUUACUACAAUGCAGUGAAUGUAUCUUCAUUCACCCGAGCUGAGGAGUUUAUAUCAGCACAAUAUCCGGUGUCUGGCGCGGCCAUAGACCUUGUUCGUCUGCUAAUUGAUCACGAGUCAGCAUUCCUAAUUUCAUUAAACCCAUUAUCAGAAGUGAAAGAGUUACAAAGCUGGAUAGAGCAUCAACAUAAUCCUGUCAAAUUAAGUUCCUACAAACUUACUAAGGGUACAGAGACAUCACUAACCAAGGAAAUAAGAAAAACAACUAUAAACAUUACGAAUAAGGAGGAAAGCUCAGAAAAUCAUGAAAUACAAGUAUUUGAAUGCCUAAAUUGGAGUUCCGAUGAUGCACUGCCGAAAGAAACUUCUUGUUUGACAAACCUCAUCAAGCAAUUCAGCCUUGAUCGGAAAUAUCACCCAGACGGACACGUCACCGUGAUAUCAAAGGACGGUGCGACCUGUUGCGGAGUGUUUAUUGCUGUGUAUAACGCCAUAGAACAGCUACAGCACGACGAAGAGGUGGACAUAUUUACUAUUGUACAGCAACUACAGUGUAGAAGACCAGAGAUGAUAUCUACAAAGGAAGAAUAUGAAUUCUGUUUCAAAGCACUAUCUGAUUUUCUAAAUACAGACAAUGUGUAUGCUAAUUCUUAAAAGAAAACAAAUGAACGACACUAAGAAGAAUAUUGCAAACAAUAAUUAGGUGAAAAUGUAAAAAUGAUGU